AUGUACAUGCCAGUACCUGACACUCAAAACACUAACAAUGCUGGUCCUGCUAACAAUAAUGGUGGUGGUGCUGCUGGUGGUGCUAACAAUGCUGCUGGUGGUUGUGGGUCUAACAAUGCUGCUGCUGAAGGAGGCUUUUCUCUUGAGGCAGAGGUUGAUGAUGCAGAUCCACUGGAGGUGCAUGUGAUUCAUGAUCCAGAGAACCCCAAGAUCAUCAAGGGAGCGCAAUAUCCUGAUACUAUUACAUUCAGGAAGGCAAUUAGACAUUUUGCAGUGAAGAAAGGCUUUGAGUUUGCUAAGCUCAAAACUGACAAGACAAGGUUCAUUGCCCAGUGCAAAGGAGAGGGGUGUCCUUGGCGUAUACAUGCUUCUAGGAUUUGGGAUGACAAGACAAUAGAGAUCAAAACACUAGUCGAUGAACACAACUGUGCUACAACAAAACUUAGAGAAGGCAAGAUGGCAACUCAAGGUUGGUGUGCAGACAGGUUGGCAGACUGGCUGAAGAAGAAUCAAACCAAAGGUGCAUCUGACUGCAAGGAGAAGUUGGAGAUUGACUAUGGCAUCAAGUUGAAAUACUCCAAGGCCUGGUCAGGUAUGAAAGUAGCAUUGGAGCAGAUCCAUGGUAAAUAUGAGGAAAGUUUUCAGCUUUUGUUCAAUUGGGCUGCUCAUAUUGAAAAAGUCUCACCUGGUAGCUUAGUACAGAUAGAGCUAGACAAGAUUGGUGAGAAACACAGGUUCAUGAGGAUUUUUGUAGCUCUUAGGCCUUGUAUAGAUGGAUUCAAAGCUGGGUGCAGAUCUUUUGUUGGUGUAGAUGCAUCCAGUUUAAAUGGCAAGUACAGAGGCCAGUUAGCUUCAGCAACAGGUGUAGAUGGACACAAUUGGCUCUAUCACAUAGCCUAUGCAAUCUUUGACUCAGAAACAGAAGACAAUUGGAAGUGGUUUAUGGAGCAUCUGUGCAAAGUCAUUGGAGAUGUUCCAAACUUGGUCAUAUGCACAGAUGCAUGUAAAGGACUAGAGACAGCAGUGGGUGCUGUGUUCCCACAAGCUGAGAAUAGAGAAUGCAUGAGGCAUCUCUAUCAGAACUUCAUGAAGCACUUUUCUGGUGAGGUGAUCACUGAUCAUUUGUACCCUGCAGCUAGAAGCUACACAAAAGGCAUAUUUGAAUGGCACAUGAAGAAGAUAUUUGAGUUUGAUCCUAACACAAUAGAUUACCUAGAUCACCACCAUAGUAGGAUCUGGUACAGAUGUGCCUUCUCCGAAAGCUCAAAGUGUGAUUUCUUGACAAAUAAUGUCUUAGAGAGCUUCAAUGCUCAGAUAAAGAAGUUCAAAGGACCUGAACUUGAUAGCAACAACCUCAAAGUGGUCAAAGUAGUAGUUAGUGAUGUUGACAUUGCAGAAGUCACCAUCUUGGAUGACUGGAACAAUCAGAAAAGGCACACCGUGGACAUCCACAACCACAAAUGCUCAUGUAGAGAGUGGCAGGUGACAGGUAAGCCCUGCAAACAUGCUUUGGCAUGGAUUCUGUCCAAUAGAGUGUUAAAGAUUGAAGAUUAUGUCCAUGAAUACUACUCUGUGGCUAAGUUCAAAGCAGCCUAUGAGGACAUAAUUGAGCAUUUGCCAGAUAGGUCACAGUGGCCACAAGUGCAACUUGGAUUCAAUGUCUAUCCACCAUUGCUGGGUAGAGGAGCAGGAAGACUCAAGGUGCAAAGGAUUAGAGAUUUCUUGGAGAAAAGAGCUGCAAAAAAGAAGGUUGGAUGCAAGAGAUGUAGAGAUUUUGGUCACUUUGAAAAAACUUGCAAGCUGCCAGAGGUUGGAGAAGAUGGUCAGACAGCUGCACCUAAGAAGAAGUCCAAGAAAAGGAAAGAGCAUCCAACAGAUGAAGCUGGUCCCUCCCAACCCAAGAAAAAGAAAUCAUAUUGCCAUGUCACUUUCAGUCAUAUUGCUGUGUCACUUUCUGUUACCUGA